UAGUUCCUUAUCUGACUUCGAGCUAACCAUUGCUUGCGUCCGUAGCCUGCUAUCAGCUUAACCUUGACCCAUAAAAAAAGAUUUGUCACGUAAUAUUAGAUAAUAUAUCUAUUGUUCGAGUGACUCUUGUGUAAAACGACACGCUUCUCUACCAGUAAAUUGACGAGAUUUAUUAAGUAAUUUACCAAAAAAAUAAAUACUAAGAAAGAAACGAAAGGUGUUAAAGUGAUAUCAUAAGUGCAUUCAAGAUAACAUUAAGUGACGAUGAAGUGCGAUUGUGACCGUAUCACCGUUAACAAGGACGGUAUCAAGGAACACUAUGACAACUGCCGAUCGACAUGGAAUGAACUACAUCUAGGGAAGCCUUUUCCUAAGAAUGCGGAUGGAACUAUCAAGCUAUUGAAUAAGCACCUACAAGAGCUGGAUGUAGAUGUUCUCUAUCAUCUGGGACUCGAUACUCAUAACUAUGAUCUGCCUGCUAUGUUUGGAGAUGUUAAAUUUGUCUGCAUGGGCGGCACCAAGCACCGAAUGCGGGAGUUCGCGCAUUACAUGACCGAGCUACUGGACUUGCCGAACAAGGGCGACAAGAUAGUAAACCUCACGAAGCAUUCACAGAGGUACGCCAUGUACAAAGUGGGGCCCGUGCUGUCUAUUAGCCACGGAAUAGGCAAUCCUUCAAUGACAACCCUCCUUCAAGAGGUGAUUAAGCUAAUGGCAUACGCGAAAGCUAAGGACCCCAUAUUCUUCAGGGUCGGUACCUGCGGGGGUCUCAAUAUACCAGCUGGGUCAGUCGUCGUGUCUGCCUUUGGGGUCAACGGCAAUUUGGAGAAGACUUAUGAUGUUCCAGUGCUGGGCAAGACUCGCAGACUGCCUGCGAUCCUAGACAGGAGAUUGUAUGAGGAGGUGCACUCUCUAAGUUCUGAUGCUGAUGAGUUCGGCACCUACAUCGGGGGAACUAUGACUGCCGAUGAUUUUUAUAGAGGCCAAGCCCGUCUCGACGGCCCCUUUUGCGACUACAGCGAGUCAGAUAAGAUGUCGUUCCUCAAAUCCCUGACGAACCUAGGUGUUCGUAACAUCGAGAUGGAAGCCACAGCCUUCAGCGCGUUUACCAGAGAAGCAGGCAUCCGAGCCAGUAUCGUUUGCGUCACUUUCCUAGACAGGCUGCAAGGUGAUCAGGUGACCCACAGUAAAACUAUUCUGACUGAAUGGCAGAAACGGCCGAUGAUCGUAGUUGGCAGAUACAUAGCUAAAUAUUGCGAGAAUUUAAAAGCUUAAUAUACUAUAUUACUUACUAUUAGUUACAAUUUAAUAUUUUCAAAGAUUGUUUUUAGAUACAAAAAAAAAUAUAUAAUAUGCUUAAGCUUCGUGUAAAUAUGUAUGACUGUAAAAUCAAAAUGGAAAUAAAUUUUAAUAUACAA